GAGGGCCAGCGGGGCAGGAAUGCGCAGCGGGCGGGCGGGCGGCGCAGGAGGCGAGCGGUGGAACAUGUAAGGGCACAUCCCGCCAGCAGCCGCCGAGCGCACACACAGAGUCCAGGGGCGCGGGCGUGCGGGCGGAAAGGCGCAGGGUACCGGGCAGAGGCUCGGGGAGGUCGGAGCGCUGCGCAGGGCGAGCGGGCGAGCAGCAUCCUCUCGCGCCUCCCAGGCGCCGCUGUCUGCCAGGCGUUCCCGGUCGCGGGCUCGACUGGACAGGGAGCAGGGCCAGCCAGCCCAGGGCGCGAAGAGCCGGCGCUGAAGAGCCGGGACUGCCGCAGCCUCCAGCGCUGUGGGAACCUCGGGGACGCCCAUGACGGCGGCGGCGACCGUGCUGAAGGAGGGCGUGCUGGAGAAGCGCAGCGGCGGGCUGCUGCAGUUGUGGAAGCGGAAGCGCUGCGUGCUCACCGAACGCGGGCUGCAGCUCUUCGAGGCCAAGGGCACGGGCGGCCGGCCCAAGGAGCUCAGCUUCGCCCGCAUCAAAGCCGUGGAGUGCGUGGAGAGCACCGGGCGCCACAUCUACUUCACUCUAGUGACCGAGGGCGGGGGUGAGAUCGACUUCCGCUGCCCCCUCGAAGACCCCGGCUGGAACGCUCAAAUCACCCUGGGCCUGGUCAAGUUCAAGAAUCAACAGGCCAUCCAGACUGUGCGGGCCCGGCAGAGCCUUGGGACCGGGACCCUUGUGUCCUAAACCAUGGCAUACCAUUUUAUCGACAUGCCCCCCACCUCCAUGCCCAGAGGACAUGUCAGCUUCUCUGUCCACUCCGGUUGGUUGGAGCCUGACUGCAUGUGAUGCGGAGAAACCAUCAGCAUGUGGAGGAAGCGUAUCAUCCCGGAAGGAGCCAACCGACCAGGGCGGAGAGUGGAAGCCAAUGAGGACUGAGGAUGAAGAUUCAGUUCCUGGACACUGAGACUGUUCUACCUUCGAGCCACAGGCCUGGCCUCAUGUAUCACGAUGGAGCCUUUGGGGCUCCUCCCACUCACUGAUCCUGCCCUUGCUUCUGGGUUCUGCAGACUGCUGUUUGGCCCCUGACCUUGAUACAUGCCCAAAGGAGGGCAGGUCCUCGUGGGGUGCUCAGCGAAGGCCUCCGAACUCGGGAGGCCAGCCUGGGAUCCAGAAGGUGUCCACCCUACCUUAGGACAGUUGCUGGACUUGCAGAUGGGGGUCUGCUGGGCAUGAGGCCUGUGCCUGGGGGUCUCUUGCUGCUUAGGUCCUUUUGGGACCCCCCCACCCAUCCAUACCCUCUCUUUGCACACUUCUUCCCUCACCUCUGUUGCCCUCUCCUCACUUUGGUGCUGGGCCUGGAGGUGGUGGGGUGGGAUAAGGGUUUGGCCAUUACCAUUUCAUGCCUGUUCCAGAAUGAAGAU